CUUUUGAGACUAAUAUUACUCUUAGAAAAUUAAUAUUGCCACCGUGUUUCUGUCAGUUCGGUCGUUUAAUCAUCAACUGUUUGUAACCAGCAACAACAAACGUUGGUUUGUUCCUGUUCCGGGUUUUCAGGUAGUUUAGCCUGUCAGUUGCCAGGCAACGAGAGCUAGCGCCGAGCUCAGUCACAGUGAACUCCUGCGAGAAAACAGAAACAUGUAGAAUGUUUUACUGGUCGAAUUGAGACUUUUCUGUCUGUGAGAACUGAUCAAGAUCCAUGGAGCAGUACAGCAUCCUGGGCCGGAUCGGGGAAGGAGCUCAUGGCAUCGUCUUCAAAGCCAAACACAUCAAGACAGGAGAGACGGUGGCCCUGAAGAAGGUGGCUCUGAGGAGGCUGGAGGACGGCAUCCCCAACCAGGCUCUGAGGGAGAUCAAGGCCCUGCAGGAGAUCGAGGACAACCAGCACGUCGUGAAGCUGAAGGACGUCUUCCCUCACGGGACCGGCUUCGUCUUGGUCUUUGACUUCAUGCUGUCCGACCUCUCUGAGGUCAUCAGGAACCACCAGACACCGCUGAGCCCCGCCAUGGUCAAAGGCUACAUGAUGAUGCUGCUGAAGGGCGUGGCCUUCCUGCAUCAUAACAACAUCAUGCACCGGGACCUGAAGCCCGCCAACCUCCUCAUCAGUUCUUCCGGUCACCUGAAGAUCGCGGACUUUGGUCUGGCCCGACUGUUCAGUGAUCGGGGCGACAGGCUGUACAGCCACCAGGUGGCCACCAGGUGGUACAGGGCUCCCGAACUGCUGUACGGAGCACGAAAGUAUGACGAGGGAGUCGACCUGUGGGCAGUCGGCUGUAUUUUCGGGGAGCUGCUGAACUCCUCUCCUCUAUUUCCUGGAGAAAACGACAUCGAACAACUCUGCUGCGUUCUCCGAGUGCUGGGAACACCGACACAAGACAGUUGGCCUGAGAUGGUGGAGCUGCCGGAUUACAACAAAAUCACUUUUAAGGAGAACCCAGCAAUCCCGUUGGAGGAGAUCGUCCCUGACACGUCCCCUCAGGCCGUUGACCUCCUCAACCGGUUCCUGGUGUACCCGUCCAAACAGCGGUGCUCUGCCCGACAGGCUCUCCUCCAUCCAUAUUUCUUCUCCUCUCCCCUUCCUGCCCAUCACUCAGAGCUACCCAUCCCUCAGAGGGGGGGCAGACCCCCCCGACAGCGUCUGCAGGCUCCGCCCACCGACUUCUCAGUUGACCUGCCCCUGCACAACAGCGUGGUGGACCCUGUGCUUCUGCGGCCGCAUGCCUCCUGCCUCUGAACCAAUCAUCUCCCCCGACGCUGCUCAGAGGUUUGCCCUGAAACCCGUCUGUCCUGGGAAGGUUCCUGGUUCCAUCAGUGUGUUCAGCAGAACUAAUGGAGACAGCAGCUGUGACUCAUUUAAGAAGUCAACUUCUGUAAAAAUGCAAUAAAUAC